AUGUGGCUGCACCUGGCGGUCCUCGUGGGCCUCUACUACCUCCUGCGCUGGUACCCGGAGAGGCAGGUGGUAACCCACCUCCGGGACAAGUUCGUCUUCAUCACGGGCUGUGACUCGGGCUUCGGGAACCUGCUGGCCAGGCAGCUGGAACUCCGAGGCUUGAGGGUCCUGGCUGGGUGUCUGACGGAGCAGGGGGCCGAGCAGCUGAGGAACCAGACGUCAGACAGGCUGCAGACGGUGAUCCUGGACGUCACCAAGACAGAGAGCAUCGCUGCGGCCACCGAGUGGGUGAAGGAGCGUGUGGAGGGCAGAGAACAGGCAGUGGGUGGGGGUGGCCUUAGCUUGACAGUGGUCCCUCCUGAGACGCUCUGGGGCUACGCCAAGGGAUCCCAGACACCCCCACUGCUCUUCUGA